UCUCCAUGUGCCCUUCUUCGUGGUCGCGUUCGACACAGACUGCGAGCUCGCUCGCAAGACUGACCUGCCGAGAGCGAGCGAGCGCGAGAGUGCGAGAGAGAGAGAGAGAGAGUUCGAUAAUGCCGACCUCGUGCUUUUCCUGCUUCGUCACAGCUCUGCGAAGCGGGAGGAAGCAGAAGUGUGUGUGUGUCUCGCUAUCUUUAUUUUUAGAACUGUCGGGAUAAAUGACGCCGCGGACCAAGACUUACUGUUGUUACUAAGUUAGCAUCGCCAACGUCGUCAGCCAUUAUUUUCAUGUUGCUCUGAGUAUUAUUAACAAGGAACAACUACGUAGUGCUUAGUCGACUUUAUUUUGUUAUAUUUUUUUAGACGGUUUAAAAUCUCUCUACCCCCCCCCCCCCCCCCCCCCCCCCCCCUCUCUGGUAGUGGAGAUCGUUGAAAGCGCGACUGCGUGUCGUGGAUGUUUGAUCGAACGCCGAGAAUGGGGAAUGUGAGCGGGCUUUUGUUGGAUUGAAGGAGGGAACGACUGAGUUGUUGUUGCGGAAUGGCGGGAGAGUGAGGGUGCAAGGCGAGGGGGUGAGAGAACUUUUUGCCUCGCUGAGGAGUUGAGGGUCGAGGUUUGCGGUUUCCGGCAAUGACGACCAAGCGUCAGCCUGUAAUUUCGGGUGCUUCGCCCGCUGGGUUGAAGAUUAAAUUGAGGUCUGGAGCAGCUGCAGCAACAAAGCCAAGCAAAGGGAAUCAGCUAGAAGAGAGUGGGGAAGAUUUGGGAGCUGAUUCUGGGGAUGAUUCCGGAAUGAACGAAGGAAUUUUGAAAAGGAAGCGGACAUCACCACCUCCAUCACAAAUUUCUAAUAAAAGACCUGCUAUAGAGGAUUCCCCAGUACCCUUGGGGCCCAAUGGGGAGCCUGUGGAGGUGGUACCCGGCAAGAGUGAACGCGUUGCUGGUGAUCUUAAUGUUGUUAAACAGCGCGUGGGACAACCUCAUAGCUCAGUUGGAGCUAUAUUACAAGCAGAACAAUCUGUGCAGCUGGGUGGUGAUAGAGAUUAUGAGGAAGCAAAGAAGAAUAAUCCUAAUUUAGAAAACAUAUCGCAUGGACAGCUACUAGUAAAUUCUGUUGCACCUGCUGAUCAAUCUGGAGCUUUUCUUUUAGGAAGAAAAGCAGGCGCAGACCCAGCAGGAUUUGGUCAACAACCACAUUUAAUGCCUAUUGGCUUGCAGUUGUCAUCGGGUAUUCCAGGUUCCAGAACGAAUGGUGGCACCACAGAGCAACAUAUUAUUCCUAGCCAUGCGGGUUGGUUUUCAUGGACUGAAAUACAAACUUUGGAGAAAAGAGGUUUGCCUGAGUUUUUUAACGGUAAAACGCCUGGCAAGACUCCAAAGCUCUACAUGGAUUACCGUAAUGCAAUCGUGAAGAAGUAUCGGGAGAAUCUUAAAAAGAUGAUCACUGUUGCCGAUGUUCAAGAGCUGCUCGUUGGUUUGGACGAAAAAACCAUAUCUCGAAUUCUAGAUUUUCUCGAUCACUGGGGUCUUAUCAAUUAUCAGGUCCCUGCUGAAUUACGGCCACUAUGGCAAGGUCCUGUCCUUGCUCUAGAACCUGAUGAAGCAGGCAUUUUGCGUGCAUUGCCUCGAAAGGGUUCUAGUUUGUACGAGUUUGAUAGCAUACGAGCUCCUGGUAUCAAGCAAGGCCUUGUAAAUCCACAAUCAGCAGAUUUUGCCAUUGCAGAAAUGCUGGCUCUCCCAGAAGGACCGGAAGUGGAGUAUCACUGCAAUUCUUGUGCUGCUGAUUGUAGCAAACAGCGUUAUCAUUGUCAGAAACAAGCAGAUUUUGAUGUGUGCUCUGAUUGUUACAACGAUGGAAAAUUUGGGCCCGAUAUGGUAUCUUUAGAUUUCAUAAAGAUGGAUGCUUCAGAGGAAGAGAAUGGAGUUGGUAGCGGUUGGACGGAUCACGAAACUCUUUUGCUUCUCGAGGCUCUAGAGAUGUACGGAGACAAUUGGAAUGAAAUAGCUGAGCAUGUGGGGACAAAGUCAAAAUCACAAUGCAUUUUGCAGUUUAUACGGCUUCCUGUUGAGGAUCCCUUCUUAGAGGACAUGGAAACCCCUGGAACGUCUUUGAGUGUACCAGAUCCACCUCCUAACUUAAAAGUAGAUAGCACGGUACAAGAUGCACAGACCGGAGAGGGAAAAGCCAAUGCUCAUGCACCUAGUACUGAAGCUGGUUCAGAGAUUUCAGGGGAUCUACAAGCACCGCCUCCAAGCUUUGUUGCUUUUGCUGAUGCUCCCAACCCGGUCAUGGCCCAGGUAGCCUUUCUUGCAGCCAUGGUUGGGCCACGAGUGGCUGCAGCAGCUGCACAGGCUGCACUAGCUACGUUGACGCAAAAGGAUCCUGGGCCCCGACUUGCGGCCAACACCUCAACUAUCCUGGAUGAUCCUGGGGUUCAUCAACCUGUCUCUGUGCAACUGCCUGACAGGUUAGUGUCAGCAGAUACUGAAGUGCAAAAUAAUAGUGAUGCAAUUCAAUUGAGCACUGCUGAAACUGGCUCUGUUGGUGGAACCUUGGUCUCCAGAGCCGAACCUGGUGGCCCAGUUCUUCCAAAGGUCGAACUAAAUGUGAAGUUAAAUAUUUCUGAGGAGGCCAUAAGCAGUUCCCAUGUGAAUCGGGCUGCGGCAAAUGCAAUGGCUGCUGCUGCUAUUAAAGCCAAACUUUUGGCUGAUCAAGAGGAACGUGAAAUGCAGCGUUUAGUCACCAUCGUUAUUGAGCACCAGCUGAAGAAGUUGGAACUGAAGUUGAAGACCUUUACUGAUUUAGAGACGAUGUUAGCAAAAGAAUGUGAAUCAGUGGAGCGCGCUCGACAGAAGAUUUACACGGAGCAUGCACGAAUGGUGGCCAGUCGGCUUAGUACAAGCUCUAGUCUUACUCCACCCACUCUUGUACCAGGGCAGCAAAAUUCCACUGCUGGUUACACGUUUGGACCUGGCGGACAGGCCACCCCUAUGUAUCCCGCGGGAUCCACGUCCAGCUUUCAAGGAUCCAAUUCCACAGGUUCUUCUCCUUCCCCAAGUUUACAGGGAUUAGCAAGACCAGUGACUGCAGGCGCAAUGUCAACUCAAGGGCAAUUUGUGAGACAAGGAAUGGUGGGAGGAGUCACACCUCCUCAACUAGUGGGGCGAUCAGCAAUGCCCCAAGGAGUUGCACCUCCUUCACAGUCUCUCGGCAGACCUUUGAUGCCCAACCAGACCAUCCAUCCUCAAACCCCUGGAAGACCCCUCACAGCACCUCCGGGAAUGUCGCGACCUGCUCCAGGAGGCACAGGUAGUGGUCCAACAUAGUAGAGUUGGAGGUUCUGUAGAUGGAGGGUCAUGUGUAACUUAAGAAGGAUAGAUAAAUUGCAGACUUUACUCUACGAGAUACCUUCACCAGUUGUAAAGCUGUAAUAGUCUCCGCAAAUACCUAGUAGAGACUACUUUAUGGACAGAAAGUUGAAAGAUCGGUGCAUUUUGACUGUGCUCGGAAGACAGCAAGUGAUUACUGGGGACAAGACUUGAUGUAUGCUCGCGUUCACCUUAAUGAUAUCGCUUCUUGCAUAGUUGAGAGAUUA